AUGGAUUUCGACAUACACCUAAACCGGCCGACGGCUAACUUGCACGACAUUCUGACCGACCCAACCAUCCCCGAGUGGAAGAAGGACCUGAUAGUGCGUAAGCGAAACACGAAUCGCAUUCUCUUCGGCAACCUGAAGUUGACAUGUGCUCCACUCGGCUCGAUUUGUAAUCACAAUACCCCCACUGCCGACGCGAUAAGGAAUGACGAUAUCACCACAGCAGCUACAGCAACGGAUGCGAAUUUGACGGAAGAGGCAGAGUCAGUACAGUCAGAGGCAGCGGACGCCGAGCAGAAUUCGAGUGAGCAAGAGGCGGUCGAAAAUUGCAUCCAACUGCCGCCGGUACCAGCUGAGGAGCAGCCGGCGAAGGAGAGGCUGCAGGAGGAGGUGGAGGACUUUCACCCGCAGGAAGAUUCUCCUCAGGUUAACGGCGCGUCCGCCGCCGCCGGAGUGGGGACUGAUCUAGCCGACGAGGAUGGUGCCGUUGACUGCUGCCUCUCCGUCAGUGCAGCCGAACGCGUCUCGCCGGAGUGUCGUGCCUGGUGCGAGGGCGCGAUGCGACUGAAUAAUGACACGGACCGCUUCCCAGCAGCAAGCAAGAUCCUGCUCAACGUCAACCCCAAGAGCGCCAGCAACAAGGCGGUCGUCACCCUGACCAACAACAAGCGACCCGUCUUGGCCUCGAGCAACAAAAUCAUGGGCGAGGAAAGGCCCAAAAUGAAAAGUUCCGUGCGUAAAUUGAGCGCCCCUCCGCUGGGCAGCAAGCCUGUCGUGCACACGGUCAACCUGGGCGACCCCGAGGAAAUUAAGUAUGGCCCCGGGAUCGUGCACAAGCUUCGCGACCGCUACAUCAACAUCACCCUGCGUGAGACGGCGUCUGCCAACAAGCAGAGGCCGCCUCUGAGCAACCUGCGGCGAGCAUCCAGCCUGGACAACAUCCUAGACGAUCCGCCUGCGGUGCGGCGUCCGCCGCCGACCGCAGAAAAAAAGCAACAGCCGCCAGUCAAGGCGAAAACGCUCAGUGUGGCUGAAAACAUCAAGCGGCACCGCUCCAUGGAGACGUUGCUGUUCGAGAAGCAGGCGCCCCUGGUCAACGACGACAUCGUCAUCAUCGAGCACAGCCAGCCGCCUGAUACAUCCCCAGGCAAGAAGACCUCAACGGAGGAGGAUGACCUGCCACCCCCGGACGUCGUUAAGCAGACGAGGCAGAAGUUCGAAAGACGCACUCACUCGCUGCCGCAGCCCAACAAGCAGCAAGGCAUUGUCGCCUCCAGGGUGGCCACCUUUAAGAAGCCUGCCCUGCAGCCCAAGCCGGCCAAUCUGGAUGGGCUGCGACGACCUGAAGCGCCAACCCAGCCUGCUGCUCCGGACCUCGGCAAGUUGUUAUCUCCCGUUGAGAAAAAGCAGCCGCCAGUCAUCAUCAGCGAGGAGCCCAAGGUCGCUCCUGCCGCUGACCCUAAGGUCGCUCCUGCUGCUGACCCCAAGGUCGCUCCUGCUGCUGACCCCAUGGUUUCGCCAAAACCCAAAGUUGCCCCUGUCGAGCUGAAACCCCCCUCUCCUCCUGUUGUGACCAAGGAGUCUCCUGUCAAGUCGCCAGAGGCGAAAACACCGCCCGUGAAGGUCCCCUCUCCGAAAGAGUCGCCCUUGAAGGUCUCUGCGCCAAAAGAGACUCCUGUGAAGGUCGUAUCCCCCAAAGAGUCACCUGUGAAAGAGACAAACGAGACCCCGCUAGCCACCGUGCGCGUGGCUAAGGAAGUGUCUCCGCCCCCACCGAGGGUGCUGUCUCCAAAACAGGAGAAAAACGUUAACGACGAAGUGGACGAUGAGACAAGCAAGAUUAUCUCGAAAAAGGCGCUGGAAAACAUCCGCAAGAACGGCUUUUCGAUGGUGAUCAGCCCCAAAGGUUCACCGAAUCUGUCGCACCUGCCCAGUGGCGAUAAGGCCACCUCGCCUCAGGUCAUCUCGCUGCACCAGAAGGUGCAGGACAAACAGGUGGGCGUUAUUCGUCCCAUCACAAAAGUGGACAGCCGGGUCAGCGAAAAGAACCUGAUCAAUGCUGUCAAGUCUGAGCAGCCGCUCAUCAAGGCCGUGAACUUGCGGCCAACCAAGGUGGACGCUGCCCCCUCGCCGCCCCCGGCUGUCGUCACCAAGGAGCCGUCAGCUGACUUGUGGGGCAACAAAAAGCGCCCAUUCAACGAACAGCCCAGCACCCAGUGCUUCGACUUCACCACAAGGAAAAGCGUCCCAGACUACAUCGAAAACGAUGGACUCGGACAAAGACCUCCUCCUGUCGGUGAUGAAAUGGACGGUGGUGCUGUGCUGACCUUCGCGAUCAACUUCGAAAUCAUCGGAGGCAACGUGCUCAUCAAUGGACGCUCAAGCCUUCAAAAGCAACCCAAAGCCAGCAAGAUGAGAAUCAAAUUCGACGACGGUGCUACCUCGAUGUUCGAGUACCCCUCGGAGGCGUCUCUUCUGUUAGACGAUGGUGCCUCACCCCUCUCCUCGCACCCCACCGAUGACGGAGGGGUGGCCAGCCAACCUAGGGGUCUGCAGUCCCUUCCCUCAGGUACGGGUAGUCUCGCUAGUUACACCCCCAGCAAGAUGUCGGAAGACACGUUCGAGCUCGGCGUGACGAGAGCGGCCGCCAUGACGCCGGUGCUGCAGCCACCGAGCCAGCCGCAGGAGGACUCGUUCCUGCUCAAGCCUGCCGACGACGAGGACACGGUCGCGUGGAGCUCCGAGUCGGCCAGCAGCGACCUCCUCUUCUGAUCCAGCCCCCUUCGUUCCACAAAUAUUUAUUCCAAAAGCCGGGCUGGCGACGAGUGCAAUCUGCAAACGCCAGAGAGACUGUUUCAUUCCGGGAAGCUGUGGACUUUGUUAAUUUGUGUAGUGUCCAUUUCAGUAUUUUUACUUCGAACUCGGCGCCUUCUUUUGCUCAUUCCAUGAUGUUUUCACUCGUUCUAACGAACUUGAACCCGAUUUGCAUUCCUGUCUAGUCUGGCCACUUUUCUGGGAGAGUUUCCCCUAGCACCAGGAUUUCAUUGUCAAUUUUUUACAUAGUCAAAGAGUGUGCUGAUUGUGAUGCACAGUCAAUUUGACCCGAGACAAACACCAUUCAUUUCACGCGUUGAGACGGACUUGAUCGAAAUUCCCGUUCAGUGCCUCUUCUCUUAACAAAUAAUCCUGGUUGAAUCCACUCUCGUUUUGAACGCGGUUUGAAAGUGGCCAUCAAUGCAAAAGCGCACGUUUGUCCUAGAGUGACCGGUCGGUCGAACGCAAUUAUUAUCGAGUAAAAAUACACAAAUCAAUUGGGAGGCGUCAGCUGCCAUCUUUGCGAGUGCGUGUGUAUGGCAGGAGUCACAAGAAUGAGUUGAUUUGUGCUACAACAAAUUUAUGUUUUGUGAUACGCAGCAUGACCGUGAGGCAAAUUGAAAAGUACAUGUGAUUAUAAAUUAGUAGGCUUAGCGCAUCGUCUGCCUGAUUUGUAAAUAAAAACGAUCGUGAUGGUGCGUCCCAUUGAGUUGUAGUUUACAAUUGUUACUUUUACUGUAUAUCUUACGUGAAUACGUUUUACAUACAUGUAUUAUUUAGUUAGUAAGUGAUCUCUAAUUGUUAGGCCUUAAUGAGUAUCAGAACAAUAUCGACACGUUUUAGAGCUUGGAGCCGGCAUAAAUGAUGCUGUUUGAUCUCGUCAAACAAUGGGAUCAAUUCAAACACGGUUGGGAACAAAAUUGCAUGCAAACAAAGUCUUUUUUGGAACAAAAUGCAUUUCUUGAGAAUUUGUACUCCUGCUACCUUUUGUAUUGCAAAUAAUCCUGAAUGGAAUAAACAAUUAUUUAACAAUUGCUAAAA